GUUAAGGAGGCCUUUGAGCUGCGGCGCGAGCAGCAGGUCACCGAGGUGCUGUCAAAGCUGGAGGGUGAGCAUUUCCGCCUGUCCGUGGAAGCUGCUCAGGAGGCAAAGCGCCGGCUGCACGCUGAGGAGGAGGCCACGCAGUUGCGAACAAAGUUGGACAGUUUUCGCAACCUGCUGGCCCAGCAAGCCCACGAAGCUGAAGAAGAGAAGGUUGCGCGCCAGCCGCCAGAAAUGGCAGAGGUUGGCAUUGUGACCGAAGAUGAAGGCUUUACAGAGCCUGUGCCUUCGCCGGGCCGCGAGGCACUCCGCUUCCGCCUGGCGGAGGCUGAGGGGCGGCUGCAGCUUGGGCUGAAGGGAUCGGAUGACUUCAGGUUUGAGGUUGGCUGA